CAAAAUGUCGUGAUGAAAUCACUCACAAAGGUACAAUUUACACCAAGGAAAACAUUAAUGUGAAUAUGAAAUAUAAUAAUAGUAUAUCCUCGUUCUGGAUAAAUUGAGUGGACACAUCUCAUUAGGAUUAUUUCUUUGUGGGCUGGCCGUUUAUUGCUAUAAAAAUCAACUUGAAAAAAGAUAAGCAGAUAACUUAAAAUGGAAAAUUUGACACAUAUAUUGAUUCACGAUACAGUUGACUGCACUUCUGUUAUGUCUCCAGAGUCCAAUCAUAACGAUGCAAGCCAGUAUUUCUGUGACCCAGUCCAUGAUGGAUUGUUGUGCUGGCCUGCAACGCCUCCUGGAAGAAAAAUAGCACAACCCUGUCCUCCAUUACAAGGAUUUAAUGACAAAAUGUUUGUGUUUCGGAAAUGCAGUCUGGUUGGAUUAUGGGAAAAUUUUAAUAAUAGUUUAGUGGUUGAAAAAACAAAUUACGAAUCCUGCAUUCUGACUGAAAAGCCUAUAUUACAGGAAUAUGGUAAAGAUUAUAUAAACGAUCUGCAGAAUGUGAUUCGAAAAUCAAGUAUACUUGGAAUAAGUUUCAUUCUUCUUUCUGUAAUAGCGUUGUGUAUAUCUUUUUGGCUUUAUAAAUGUAAGCUUCCAAAAUAUAUCAAUGCUAUCUUGAGGGUAAAAAUUCACAAACAUUUAUUCGCAGCCGUGAUAUUGGAGUUAAUCAUCAAACUUAUUUUCCAAAUAUCAAUAUUUUUGACAAUUAGCCGUUCGUUUUUAGCCACAGUCCAGAAACCUGUUGUAUGUGAGAUUUUGACAGCUUUUCACCAAUAUGCAGACAUAUCGAUUCUGAUGUGGAUUGUUAUAGAUUUGCACUUUAUUUAUAUGACGGCAAAAUCAGGAUUCCUGUGUAUUUCCGGUUAUAAAGCUUACGUUAUCGCAGGUUGGGGUUUGCCUGUUUUACCAACCUUAUUAUGGGCAAUAACAUUAAUAUUGAAUCACAAGGUCACGUGCUGGAAUGGUCAUAUGCAUCUGGCCUCUAUUUGGAUUGUACACGUUCCAAAGAUUCUUUGUUUUGUGUCUAUGAUAGUUUUAAUCAGUUUAUCAUCGUGGCGACACCAUCAAAGAGUUUCUAAACGUUUAAUACAAGAAUCGAAAAUCAUAAAUAAUCUAACAACAACUGGAAUAUUACUUUCCUUGAUGCUACUGACUUUUUUGGUUGUUAUCAUACCUACAUAUCUUAGACUCAACAAUUUGAAAUCAAAGACUAUAGUUCAAUACCUUGCGACAAUAUUUACAUCAUCAAAGGGUAUAUUUGUUGCUAUUUUGUGUAACUAUUCGAAUAUAAAAGACUUUGUAAAAUCAGAACCGGCAAAUAGUGAUAUCGAAAUUUAAUCAAACCUUGUAAGUCAGAAUGAACAAGAUACGUGUUUCCAAAAUAUGUCGUACGCCUGACAACAAAACAUAAGUAGUCAAACGCGUCUGGCGUACACACUUGUAAUCCUGGCAUCUAUAAUGUGUUUUUAUAAACACACAACAUCAUUAAAACCAAGAAGAGUCUAAAUAUACCAUCCUAAAUUGUAGAACAUUAACUCUGUCUCCUGACGGAAAUACCGCCUUUACAUAUAAAUCAAUUGCAAAAUGGUUUAUGUAAAUCAUUUAUGUGUCACAGCAAUAGUCGUUUUAAGGUGGGCGAUCGACAGCCCAUUGACAGCUGCACGGACCAAGUGUUACAUGCAGUGAACCAGGGUAAAGAUGGGUUAAGGUUGCCUUCUUGUUGUUGAAAAACCAAUAUGCACAUCUGGAAUGUUGAUUUAACAGAUAGGACAAUACUCCAAGAGCGCAGAAAUAUUUAACAGAAUGUAUUGAUAAAUCUUUGUGUUAAAUUAAAGGAUAGUCCAUAUCUUAUGUCAAGGUAUAAUUUGACUUCGAAAACCCGUUUUAAAUAAAUUAAGAAUGUCAUUGUGUCUAAAUUUAACCUGUUUCAUUUUUUUUUAACAGAAAAUUGUUUUUGUGGUUCUAUUUUGAUUUGUUUAACACUAUUUGUUGUUUUUUAA